AUGGAAGGUCACGUUGAUUCUAAUCUAAGAAAUUUUGAGAUUAAUGAUGUAAAGAUUCUUUCAUCGAAAUUUGUCAAAAGGAUUAUUAAGCGGUACUCCAAUCAGAAAACGAAUAUACACAUUUGCGGAGAAUCUUGUAAUGAAAAACCAAAAAAUUCAUAUCUUAAAAAAGAAGACAAUCAGAAGUCAUUGAAAACUUCAAAGGAGAAAUCUGUCAACGCUAAAGAACGAGGAAUCAAACCAUUUAUACCCCAUCCAUUGUCUCUUGGUUUCAACUAUCGUCAAGUACGAACUGCAUUUUAUUACAAUAAUGAAAAGAAAGAGAUGGAAAAACGAAAUGCUUUGAAACCAUUAAGCAGUUUUAAUCUUCCGAAAAAGCCAUUCUUUCCAAAUUUUAUUGAUCCUGUUCCUGAGAAUAUUCCUUCAACCUUCGGAAUAUGUCAAAAUGAAACGCAAUCAAAAAUAUUGUUAAGCAGUGAUCCAUCUGUAACAUCGAAUUCGCAUCAAAGUCAUGAAGUAAAGGAUAAUAAAACAAAGAAGAAUGAAGCAGAAAAUAUUAAUGUCAGCAAUAACAAAGAAGAAUUGAGCUUAAAUAUUUUGCUAUUACUGUUUUUCCGCAACACAUGCCCAGAUAUGCUUUUAUCAAAUCGGAAAUGCAAUGACGAAAAAUGUUUAGAUUAA